GAAAGGUCGCACCGUAUGCGCUCAAACCGUCAACAGCAACUAAACACCACUACACUUCAUCUUCCGCGCACCUUCACAUCCAGCCUUGGAUGGUCUUGAGUGUGUUACAGCCGAUAGUUAAGAAGGCAAUUUUUCAAAUCCUGGAGCUUUCGAAUACUGCUGUGAUGUUAGCAUUGCAACAAACACAAGCAUCAGCAAUAGAUAGCUCAGAAUCAGCUACUGCCUGCCAGCACAAAACUCCCUGUCAUUACAAACUCGGCGCGCUGCUCGUUGACAAGACACUCCCUGGAGAGGAGUGCCAGCGCGCAGAAUAAAAAGGAUAGGCUUUUCUCCCAGACGCAGGUUGACUUGGAAAGGCGUGAGCCUCGAUGAAAACUACAGAAGCAAGUGAAUGUGAUUGGUUCUCCACACAGAAGAAGACCGCCAAAUAUUUUGCAAAAAUGGAAUUAAAUGGAAUAAACGGAGUUUCCAUUAACAACAUGCGAUAUCCGCGCCCGGGAAUUGAAACUUUGUUUUAGUGGUUUUAAGAUGCGGUUGUGUUUUAUGUCUGCUAUGAGGAGCGACUGAGCCGGCCACGACCUGACGAUGAUCGCGACAGGAGGCCUGCUGCGGAUCAACCGGAGGCAGGACUCACUGCGCUCCAAGAGCCGUGCGGAGAACAAGCGCAAGAGGAAAGCUAAGAAGAAGCGGAAGAAUGAAGUGGUGGUGGUAAAGGGCAAGCUGAACCUCUGUUCCAUCUCUGGAGUGGUGGCAGCCAUUGGCAUUCUGAUCCUUUUGGUGGGCAUUGCCAUGGCGAUACUGGGCUACUGGCCCAGGGAGAGCCUGCAGUACCCAGAGCCACCCCAAACCCAGAGGAUUUACGACAAGAAGGAAGAGGCGGGGCUAACUGGCAAUUGGACGUACCACACAAAUGUCAGAUUUCACCUGGAUGGGGAUUUGGCCAGUAACAAUCGUUCCAAUGGCACAGGCUCAGAGGAACCUCCUAAAGGCUUCCUUGCUGAGUUUUUGGAUAAUUACCUCUACUCAGACAAGCUGAAGGUGUUUGGGCCCCUCAUCAUGGGCAUUGGCAUCUUCCUCUUUAUCUGCGCCAAUGCGGUGUUGCACGAGAACCGCGACAAGAAGACCAAAAUCAUUAACCUGAGGGACAUCUAUUCCACUGUCAUCGACAUCCACAGCUUGCGGACUAAGGAGAACACGCCGCUGAAUGGCUUUGUGAACUAUGUGCAGUCCAGAGGGUUGGAGGGGAAACCCAGCGCUGUGUAUACCGCAGCCCUGCUGGCCAAAGGGACCUGGCCAUCGGGGGAUUCACCGGACGAGGGCAGCCAGGGUCCCUCCAGGUGCCACUCCCUGACUAGGUCGAGGGUCUCAUCACGAGAGAGGCAUUCGUUUACCGACACGGUUUACACAAUCACCAGACACAGCCGGGCUGGCCAACAGAGCAGCCCGAUUCCCACGCCCAAACCGUGGGAGACCCGGACGAUAGCUGCUUCCUCUGUCAACGCCUUCACCCUCCCCAUGACCAGAUCACACCGCCGAGCCAACCACCACCAGCGCAGGCCCUCGGCCAAAGCAGAGGCGGGUCGGAGCAGGGCUGCGAUGUGCGACUCCGGGGAGGAAGACGGGGCCCGAGUUAGGCGUAGCGUUCCAGAAACCACCACCCAGGCCAAGGUGGAGACUUUGCGAAUGGCCAUGUUCCUGCCUCAGGACUCAGUGGAGGUGUACAAGAGCAGCGGUAGCCUCCAGGAAGCGCCACAGGGCUCCCAGGUCCAGUUGCUCCCCUUGUCCCCUGCCGGGCCCAGGGUGACAGGCUCCCACCUGUCUCUCAGCGCCCUGACAGACUGUCCCCAGUCCAGAGACCUAGGCAUCACCUCAUCCAGCACCACCGAUUGGAGGGUGGAGCGGUCCAGGCGACUCAGCUGUCCUCGCCUGGAGGUGCCCGGAGGCGGCGGAUACAUCAAACUGGGCAACCUGGGGGGAGAAUCCUUUGAGUCCAGGGAAUCGUGUGAGGUGAGCGCCUUCAGCCAAGUGACCUCCGAGGAGGCUCUGACUAAGAGGCAGAGGGAUGAAGGAGUAUCCAAUGAACAGGAGAGCAGUCCCGGGGGGGCCCAGGAUAGGGGCUCAAGGCGAUACUCCAACAAAGAGAAACUUCUUAUGAUCUCUCAGUCAGAUUCUGUUUUAGAUGACGAGGAGAUGGAGAGCACAGACAUAUGAUUGGAUGAUUGCCGGAAGGUGUUUUGCUGAUUGGUGGUAUUAGUUUACUUGAACAAAAUGAACACAGGAUAACUAGUUGAAGACAAUUGACAGCAGAAUCAAGAAAUGAUUACUAUAACAACAAUACUGCAUCUGAGUUCUAGACUAUCUUGAGGUUUGUUGCUAAUGCAAUUAUCAAUAUGUGACCAAAUAAUGGUCAUUGGUGGGCUAUGAAAAUGAAAGACUGUGUGUAUAGUAUUUUGUAAAGCAUUUGUUUCUGUACUGUAGGUUGGAAGUCACAUCUAACUGAAAGGGCAGCAAAAACAUAACAUUAACCAAAAAGGGCAGUUUUAAAAUGGUGAUUGUACAGUUACCGUACCAUCCACUUUAUGUACUAGUUUCUAUAAUUUCUAGAAAUAUAACUGUGGCUGUUCAACCUACUGUCAUUACGUACACUGUAGUAUAAUGAUUGAGAGUUGCUGUCUCAACAGCAUGUAUUUUAUACUGUCAUGUCCUUGCACACUUUGUCAAUUUCCAGAGGAAGGUUUGAAUUUCAAAUGUAAUAGCAAUAUAUUAUGGACCAUAUCUGUCUGCUUGUUGGGGAAAACACAGUGUUGGCAUACUUGCCUGUGUCCUUUAGGACCUAUAUGUUAUUGUUUAGUUUUUUAGACCUGUCUUGACUUGCUUGUUAAGGAUUCUGUAUCUUUUGCCAUCGCUUUUGCCUGAGCGAAACUGAAAACAAAACACUGAUUAGCACAAUUCACAGCUAAACACUUGUGUUUCGGUACAAGAGGCCUAACUACGUUUAGCACAAGUAAACACGUAGAAAAAAAUACUGAGCAAAUCAGUUAUCCUGUGUCAAAUGCUUCUGGAUGGUUUUUACUAGGUGGUUCUUGUUUAAACACAGACCUGCAGUACAUAUUGUAUUCCAGUUGUUCUCGGUACCCAUGGUCAAGUCAGACCGCCCCAUGGUAAUCCUAUGGCUCAUUCAGUCUUCAAAUAAAUGUAUGAAGCUGUCUCGUUAUGUGGACCAUCUGUUAUUGCUGACCUUCUGACACGUCAGUCGAGUUGGUGUCACGGGUGUGAAAUGGCUAAUCAGUUGGCACCGCCGUCGACGGUGAUAGCAUUUCAGUCGGUUACAUCACUCGCUCUGGGAAAUGGAAGCGGUCGUUUCGCUUUGCUCCGCCGCGGCAUUUGUGGGGCAGUGGCGGCGGUGCUUUGUAGCUGACAGUGGUCAUUGUGUUCUGAGGACAUCACAUUGGCAAAAACACAUGCUCCAAUUGAUUACGCAGUCUGGCCAAGCAGAUCUUGAUGUUCUAGUGUCCAAAAUAUGUUUAGCAAUGAACAGCAGAUAGCGUGGGAGCUGGGGCAUGAUAGGGCACAUAAUAUAAGGGAAAGUGUUUUACCUGUCAACAGGAUGAUUAACAGCAUACAGAAUCCUGGUGGUUGGGAAUUGGGAGAGCUAGAUUUCCAUCUGUUUAUCGGGAAAAGUAGCUUUAUAUAGACACAAGAUAUGCCAGUAUGCACACCAUUACUAAAAGCAAAAUGAUUUACUAUGUUUUGGGCCCAUCCUUAAAGGGGAAGGUCACCCAUCUGUACAUGUGGUCUACUGUUCACAUUUUGUGUUCGUAGUUCAACUGCAAUAGUGUAUAUACUGAUCAGCCAUAACGUUAUAACCACUGACAGGUGAAGUGAAUAACA